CUGCCAGUGCGCACGCGUCACAUAGCCCUCAACGCUUUUCUUCACCGUAUCCGGGUGGUCGAGGACCCAUACUGCACGCACUGUGAGCGUGGCGCCGAGGAAACGAUUCGGCACUUUUUGUUCGACUGCCCGGCGUGGGGGCGUUCGCGACGGGUGAUGGUCAGGGAGACGGGGCGGCACGCGGAGUCUUUGGCUUACCUGCUCAACGAGGAGCGUGGGGUGCGUUCGCUGAUGAAGUUUAUCAAUGCGACUGGGAGGUUCAGGGGGACGUACGGGGAGUUGGGGAGGGUGAAAUAUUCGGCUUAG